AUGGUUAUUUGUACCGGAUUAAUUCAUAUGUGUGUUUAUUGUGCAGUCGGCGAAUUAUUAGUGGUAAGAUACGAAGAAAUUUACAAUGCGGUAUAUGAGUGCGAAUGGCAUACGUUGAAAUCGCAGGAAGCGAAAAAUUUAAUUCUUUUAAUGGUUCGUACAAAUAAACCACUCUACAUUACGGCUGGGAAAAUAUUGCCUAUGACAAUAUCUACGUUUUGCAGCAUAUUAAAAACCUCGGGUGGAUAUAUUUCGGUCUUACUGGCAAAUCGAAAUUAA